AAGUCUGCCAGAGUGAUGAACUCGGACCAGGAAAGGCCAUUCAUGUGCAAUGCUCCUGGCUGUUCUCAGCGAUUCCCCACGGAGGACCAUUUGAUGAUACACCGACACAAACAUGAGAUGACCCUUAAGUUCCCCUCCAUAAAGAACGACAACAUGUUAUCAGACCAGACGCCGACACCGACGCGUUUCUUGAAGAACUGUGAGGAGGUGGGAUUGUUCAGUGAACUGGACUGCUCCAUCGAGCAGGAGUUUUGCAAGGCCCAGGAAGAAGAGGACAGCAAACAGAACAUCUCACUGCACGGCCAGGGAGGCCAAGGCCAGCACCAGCAGUCCCACUCGCGGAUGGGCAACCAUGACACCAGCAUAGUGAUCCAGCAGGCCCUGCCCUCCCCUCAGUCCAGCUCCGUCAUCACUCAGGCUCCAUCCACGAAUAGACAGAUCGGGCCUGUUCCCGGGUCUCUGUCCUCACUGCUGCAUCUACGAAACCGACCGAGACAGCCUCUGCCUGCCUCCAUGCCUGGAACGCUGCCAGACCCGACCAUGCCUGGCUCCUCCGCCGUGCUGAUGCCUAUGGAGAGACAAAUGUCCAUGGGCUCCAAUAUGAUGGGCAUGCAAGGACCCGCCCACAACAACUCCUGCUCUUCCACUCACAUUCCCUCCAUGCACUCAGAAGCCAAACUGAGGCUGAAGGCUGCACUUUCACACCACCCCGGUACCAUCGCCAACGGCAACAUGAACUCCAUGGGCCACAUGAUGGAGAUGAUGUCAUCGCGGCAGGAGCAAAGCGCCCACCACCACAUGCACUCGCACCAGCACCAGCACCUGCAAGCUCCUCCCCACGCGUACCAGCACCACGGCCACCACCACCACAACAACAACCAGGGCCACAACCAGGGCCAGGGCGGACACCACCACCCGCAGGGACACAACCCGCAUCACAACUCCCACAACCCCCACCUCCAUCCCGGUCACCCACACCAGACCUCACCGCACCCUACAAUGCACUCUGCUUCACAGAUGUCACCUGCGACCCAGCAGAUGCAGCCCUCGCAGACGCUGCAGUCUCCACCCCCCAGCGGCGGGCGGCGCAGGCGGGUAAUGGACGAGGACCCGGACGAACGUCGGCGGAAAUUUCUAGAGCGGAACCGAGCGGCGGCCACGAGAUGCAGACAGAAGAGAAAAGUAUGGGUGGUGUCGUUGGAGAAGAAAGCUGAAGAGCUCACUCAGACCAACAUGCAGCUUCAGAAUGAAGUGACGAUGCUAAAGAGCGAGGUGACCCAACUCAAGCAGCUUCUCCUCACACACAAGGACUGUCACAUCACCACUAUGCAGAAAGAUUCCCAAGGUUACCUCAGUCCAGAGAGCAGUCCAGCGGGGAGUCCAGCGCCAGUGUGCUCGCAGCAGCAGGUCAUUCAGCACAACACCAUCACCACCUCCACCACGACUGUAGGGGGCAGCAGUGUGCACGGGCAAGCCAACCACCGCACAGACAUUAACCCUAUCCACUAG